AUGGAAAACUCUCCUCUCAAUACGCUCUCCGCUGAACUGCUCAACCAGGUCGCCGAGCUCGUGCUCUAUCGCCAGGAUGGAGUCAUCAUCACCAGCAAUGACAAGAACAGGAWCAAGAACCUUUCUGCUUUCACAAACACCUGCAGAGAGAUGCGUCAAGACUACGCGAAGCUCUACUAUGCCAUCAACGACUUCACGCUCGAGACGGAAUGCUUGGAGUUUCGCGCGGAGAUUGACGCCUUCACAAAAGCCAUCGGCCCGGAAAUGACCGAAUUGAWGGGCUCUAUGCGCGUGGUUGUUGGCAUAUUCGAAAAGGCAGGAGAAGAAUACCCUGGAUACAGCGUCGCCGACGUCUGCCGCGCGAUACGGGAAGGCUCGGUGAAAGAAAACCUCGGGGGUCUUUGUACAUUGUCAAUCCCGGAGCUCCGCCUGAAGCUUGUGUCUCAGUACGGUCAGACCUUCACUGUGCUCUCGAUAUCUCUAGGAGGUGUGUGCGAGUCGCUGGAAGCAGCUAUAAAAGCUCGGUGCCAUGAGAAAUUACGGGAGCUUGCUGCCCCGAGCCCGAUGAUAGGUCCCUCGUUUUUGCCGCCUCCGGGAGUCCAGAUGAGCUCACUAUCACCCUUGAAAUUCGUACAGUUUCUGUUAUUCUUGGGAAAGGUGCUUCACAAGCUCCAGUUCACUUGA